AUGGAAGAGGGAAAUCACUCGGUAGUGACUGAGUUCAUUCUCUCAGGUCUGACUGAUCGUCAAGAGCUACAGGUCCCCCUGUUUUGGUUGUUCCUUCUGAAUUAUGUUCUCACCCUCGUGGGGAAUGGGGGAAUAAUCUUGUUAAUCACAACUGACCCCCGACUCCACACCCCCAUGUAUUUUUUCCUCCAGAAUUUGUCUUUCUGUGAUCUCUGCUUUUCCACAGUAAUUGCACCUCAGAUGCUGCAAAAUUUCUUAUCUGAAAGGAAAAGCAUUUCCUACACUAGCUGCUAUCUACAAACAUACUUUGGUAUCAUUUUUCAAGAUGUUGAGUGUCUCUUGCUGGCUGUGAUGGCGUAUGACCGUUAUGUGGCUAUUUCUAACCCUCUUCGCUAUACGCUCACCAUGUCCAGGCAGCAUUGUAACCAGCUGAUAGCUGGAGUCUAUGGGUUGUCAUUGGCUGAUUCAGUGAUAAACAUCUGGUUUUUACUCCAGCUGUCAUUCUGCAGCUCCAACGUUAUCGAACAUUUCUUCUGUGAAACCCCCCCAUUGGUGGCGCUCUCCUGCUCUGACACCCGCAUCAAUGAGAUUGUGCUGUUAGUCUCUGUGUGCUACAUUGUAGUAAGCAGCUUUGUGAUCAUCCUCCUCUCCUACGUCUGUAUCAUCUCCACCAUCCUGCAGAUCCGCUCCGCUGAGGGCUGGCGCAAAGCCUUCUCCACCUGCACUUGUCAUUUAACUGUUGUUGUCAUGUUCUAUGGCAGCCAAUUCUUCAUGUAUUUACGUCCCGCCUCCAGCUAUUCCAUGGAGACAGACAAAAUAGUCUCGUUGUUCUACACACUGGUGAUCCCUUUGUUGAACCCCCUCGUCUACAGCCUGAGGAACAGGGAGAUGAAGGUCGCCCUGUGGAAAGCAAUUUAUAAACCUGUCACUCUUUCAUAA